AUGGCAAGGAGACAGUCUCUCGAGUCCCAGCGACCUAUCAUGGCACCAUCGCUCAGUUCUCAGCGGAACUCUCAACGCUUCUCCACGAUCAGCGAUCGUACCAUCUCAAGCAGCAUGACCAGCGAAAGCCGACUAAACGAAAUUAGAGAGCUGGGCGAAGGCCUGGACCGCCUGGAGAACAAGCGCCUAAACCAGCAGCGGUUCGUGCCCAGUGCGGAGAAAUCCGAAAAUCUCAGUAAAUUAGCCCUCGGAGCGAAAGUCGAGCGUGCUUUGAGACGGAGAAUGACCAGCCAGGAUGCCGUCAUGCGCAAGCCGAUUAUUUUGGACGAGAAGAAAGCAUUGAAGGUCGCCGAAGCGCCAAACUAG